AUGUCUCAAGACCAUAGGAAAUUGGAUGCCAAAAGUAUUUGCAACUGCAUCAUGCCACUAGUGAAAGAUAGUCCAAUCAUUCCUGUGUCAACAUUGAUUGCAGACAUGCAAGCUCGAUUUCAGUACAAAGUUUCGUAUAGGAAAACGUGGUUGGCGAAACAAAUGGCUAUGCAACAAUUGUACGGUGACUGGGAUGAGUCAUACAAUGAACUUCAGGGUUGGAUUUUAGCGAUGGUGGAGUAUAUCCCAGGCACUAUCGUGGACUUACAAACGUUGCCUUAUAGAGGCCAUAAUGGACAAUUGGAAUUAGGGAGAAGAGUUUUUCGUCGACUGUUUUGGACUUUCGAUCUAUGUGUUAGAGCCUUCCCCUACUGCAAACCACUAGUGCAAUUUGAUGGAACAUGGCUUUGUGGAAAAUACACAUCGAAGGGUCUUGUUGCUGCGAUUAAACAAUCUGAGGUUCCAUGGAGGUCCGUCUAUUGUAUUCGUCACAUCGCUGUCAACUUCCACAAUCAGUACAAGAACAAAGACUGGCGCAAACAAAUUAUGAACAUGGGAUACGAGCUGAAAGCACACCGUUUUAGACAUAAGUUGGCGAGGUUAGAGACUAAUAUGGAGGGGUCCAAUCCUUCUCUCAGACAGUGGUUAGGUAACAUAGAGCCGUGGCAAUGGGCUCAAUGUUUUGACGAGGGGUACCGGUAUGGUCAAAUGACAACUAACCUCGUUGAGGCCAUUAACUCUAUCUUGAGGCAUACGCAUCACUUGCCAAUUUCAGCGGUUUUUUCAGCCACAUUUUAUAGGCUAACAACCUUAAUGCCAAAAAUGGGGUUGAAACAAGCAAAACAGUUAGAGGCAGGACACGUGUACAUCGAAAAAAUUAGGGAUGCCAUGACAGAGAACAUUCAAAGGGCUAGGUCGAUGAAUGCAGAACUAUAUUCCUGA